UGGAUUAUCAUCAUCAUCAUCAUCAUACCCAGAGGGACAACAGCUGAGACACAUGGCGCUCCUGAGGUCAGGCUGGCUGUGGAGACAGACUUCUUGCCUAAAACGCUGGAAGUUAAACUGGUGUGACCUCUGGAUAGAUGGGAGUCUUUGCUUCUACAAGACUGACAGCAGGCGAGAGUUGGAGCACCGCGUCAGCCUCAAGACAUCAUGUGUAGAUGUGAGAUCUGGCCUGGAAUGUGGAGGUGUGACUCCACCAGAGAGUAAUCCCAGGGAGAAUCUCAUUGUGGUUCAGCUCGCAAACGGCUCAACAGUCAAUCUGUGUGCUAACAGCGAGGACGAAUCCAUAGCGUGGAAACUGACACUGCUGGACACCAGGAGAAACCCGGUGUUCACAUACGACCCAUACGAUGACUCCUACCAGGCUGUGCCCAUCAACAGCUACCAGACUGUCUACAUCACACCUGGAGCAGGACCAGGAACCCACCAGGUGAUCGUGCAGAGGGACCCGUUUGAUGGAAUUUUAGAGAACAUAGCACUGGGAUUACUGGCAGGCAUGGCAGCAGGGACGGCCAUGCGAUCCUUCCUCUGGAUGCCCUUCUUCUUCUGCUGAGAUCAUUAUCAUUACCAACAGGAUGACGCUGCACGCCGCCCGUGUGGGAGCCUGACAUCAGCAUGUGUGGAAACACCUCAUCUUUUGUAUCAUCUCUUUUCAGAUCAUGUCUGCUGUAACAAACAGCUGCUCCUCUGGUUGUUCCGUUUACUUCAUGUGCACUUUUGCAUAUAAGAAGCUGAGAAGGACGCUAUGUAAUUAUACAUUCCCCGUGCUUGUGUGUACAGCACACUGAAUCUAUGCAUGCGCAUCUGCAAACAUCUGGAAGGUAAUUUUGUAUCUGAAUGUUCUUCAAUC